GGAGAUGGGAGCGCACAUUACAGCAGCAGCAGCACCACCAUCACGUCGGAAGACACGGGAUGAAUCUAAGGAAGGGGAAAACCAACAAUACCAAGCAGGUGCGCUGUGGAGGAUAUUGGAAAAAGAAAUCAAGUUUUUUAGUGACGCUGUACCCAGCCGCUUGAAUCAGUAAUUAAACCUCUGCUGUUGUGGCCUCUCGCUUUUUUGCGCUUUUUUUCCAAUCCAUUCUCCCCCCUACACUGCUGGCACAAAGACGCUUAUUCUAAGGAGCUGCACCUGGGAUUACAGUCACUCCGCAAGAGUGAACAGAUCAGUUACAUCUAAAACGAUGGAAUGAGAAGCAGUGACAGUAGGUAAUAGGAGCAGGAUUAAAUCACUUUCUUCUUUUUGUGCCCCUGCAAAUUCCCCUCUGAUACCCCCAUCCGUCACCCAGCGAAGACAUACCGUCAUUGUCUCGAAACGACUUCGAUUCACUGUUAUUUUUAAACGUUGUUUUUGCCGGAAUAAUGCACAAGAAACUCUACUAUGUCUAUAGAUUUUUAUUCACUUUUGAUUCAUUGCGCAUUCCCAGUUUUUUCCUCUGAAUGAGCUGCCGGUUUCUCUUGUUCAGGAUGCGACUGCGCAACCUUCGGCAAGUACCAGCAAUUAGGCUGUGUGUUUGUGCACGAGUUUCCUAAAGGCUUACAAGAAACAGUUCCCCCCUUUUUUUUUAAUUGGACGUCGCCAUUGUUUGUAAAAAGGAAAAACAAAGCAACUGUGGCGUACUGGACUCAGAGGGGUCAAACGGUGCGCCCUUGGCAUCACACCAACCCCCUCCUUGUGUCUGAACCAGGGUCCGUCACAGAAAAUAAAGCAAGCACAAUAUGGUGGAGCCCGUUGGAUUCAUAGAGGCUUGGAAGGCACAAUUCCCUGAUUCGGAGCCCCCCAAGAUGGAGCUGCGGUCCAUUGGAGGUAUUGAGCAGGAGCUGGAGAAGUGCAAAGCGUCCAUCAGACGCCUGGAACAGGAGGUGAACAAGGAGCGCUUCCGCAUGAUCUACCUGCAAACCCUCCUGGCAAAAGAGAGGAAGAGCUAUGACAAACAGCGGUGGGGUUUCAGGAAGACGCCAUUGAAUGAGGGGGUAGACCCUGCAGCCACCCAGGGUGCAGAGUCACCAUCUCAGCAGCCCCACAUGCAGGAGACUGGUGGAGUUGGAUGUGCUGGAGGAUACGCUGUGGUGGAUAGGAGUCGUUUUCAGCCACUUGGGGAUGGUACUGGCAGGUCCAAACCUAGGCCCCCACCAGCCAGGAAGUCAGCUUCCCAUGGAGACGGCUUGGAGUCAGCGUUUGACUCACCCCAACAAGCAGAGUCUACAUCCUGUGACAACCUCGAUGGCCUCUCGCCAUCUAAGCAGAGGGGUGGCAUCACUCUGUCCCCCCGCAGGCCCACACUUCCACCCCCAGACAAGGAUCUGCCUUCUGACCCCAAAGAUAAACUCGGGAUGGGACUUGGUGUAGCAGCUCUCAGGUCCAACUUUGAGAGGAUCAAACGAGCCAACUCUCACUCUGCUGGAGAUGUAGGUAAGGGUCAGGAAAAGCAGCUACCACCACCACCACCACCAUUCUACACUAACAUGGAAUUCCAUCAUGAGAGGGGUUUGGUCAGGGUCAACGACCGGGAUGUGUCGGAUAAAAUCAGUUCCCUGGGUACUCAGGCCAUGCAGAUGGAGCGAAAGAGGUCUCUUCAUUCCCUCCCAGGCAAUCUGGCAACAGUGGCAGGUGAACUUCGUGCCAGGCCGGUGUAUAGAGGACGGUCUACUGAGAGCACCUGUGGCUAUGACGCAGAAUAUGAAGACGGGGAACCCAACCAGCGACAUUCAGGGAGGGCCAAUGGGGGUAAACCCCCACCUCCUCCUUGGCAACCAUCUGAGUUCCAAGCCUACUCCAGCGUCUAUGUUGGUGGAGUAAUGAUGGGUGAAGGUGGCAGUGGAGAUGGACGUGGAGGUGGCAGUGGAAUCGCAAUGAGAGACCACAGUGGAGGUGAUGAUCACCUCCUGACCUGGCCACGCCGCUCCUACUCCCCAGGUAGCUUUGAGGAUGCUGGAGGGGGUGGUGGCUACACACCAGACUGUAGCUCCAACGAAAACCUGACAUCCAGUGAGGAGGACUUCUCCUCUGGCCAGUCCAGUCAUGUCUCUCCGAGUCCUACCACAGCCUUCCGUCGUCCCUUCAGAGAGAAGAGCAGGUCACCUUCCCAAAACUCCCAGAACUCCCAACACUCCUAUGACAGCAGCAGCCCUCCUACGCCGCAGUCUCAGAAGCGUCACCACAGGCAGCAGGGAGGCCAUGUGGUCAUGUCUGAGGCCACUAUUGUGAGUGUUCGCAAGACAGGUCAAAUCUGGCCUCCUCCUGUCCACCAUGACCUCCUGCCCCAUGGUAGAACAUCCCAUGACAACAGUUUUCACGGAGACCACUUAGAUGGCCAUUUCACUGGAACCCCUCCAACGUACGGUUACGAUGCAGACCGAGCAGAGGAGCAGCGGCGGCACCAUGACAUCCUGCCGUACAUUGACGACUCACCAUCGUCCUCGCCGCACCUCAGUUCCAAGAGCCGUAGCAGCCGGGACACACUCUCCUCAGGAUCAUUGGAGUCCUCCAAGUCGACGGAGUGUGACCUUGAAAAGGGUUUGGAGAUGAGAAAGUGGGUCCUGUCUGGGAUCUUGGCCACAGAAGAAGCAUACCUCAGCCACCUAGAGGCUCUUUUACUGCCAAUGAAACCACUGAAGGCAGCUGCUACAACAUCCCAGCCUGUUCUCACAGUGGCCCAGAUUGAAACCAUCUUCUUCAAAGUGCCUGAGCUGUACGAAAUCCACAAGGAGUUUUACGAUGGACUUUUGCCCCGGGUCCAGCAGUGGAGCCACCACCAGAGGGUCGGAGACCUCUUCCAGAAACUGGCCAGCCAGCUUGGAGUGUAUCGGGCAUUCCUGGACAACUAUGAGCUUGCUGUAGAGACAGCGGAGAAGUGCUGCCAAGCCAACUCGCAGUUUGCUGAAAUCUCUGAGAACCUGAAGGUGAGGAGCCCUAAAGACUGUAAGGAUACAGCCAAGAACUCCCUGGAGGCUUUACUGUAUAAGCCUGUGGACCGGGUGACGCGCAGCACUUUGGUGUUACAUGACUUGCUCAAGCACACACCCACCAGCCACCCGGACCACCCGCUCCUGCAGGACGCCCUGCGGAUCUCCCAGAACUUUCUGUCCAGCAUCAACGAGGAGACGACAUCAAGGCGCCAGUCUCUAGCUGGGAAGAAGGGAGAGAACCGCCAGCUGCUGAAGGACAGUUUCAUGGUGGAGCUGGUGGAGGGAACCAGGAAGCUGCGGCACGUCUUCCUCUUUACUGACCUGCUGCUCUGCGCCAAGCUGAAGAAACAGAUUGGAGGUAAAAAUCAACAGUACGACUGCAAGUGGUACAUCCCCCUGACUGAGCUGACCUUCCAAGGCCCCGAAGACACAGAGCCCCUCACCAUUCCCCAAGUCCCGGACGAAGAGCUGGAUGCCGUUAAGGUCAAGAUCUCACACCUUCGCAGUGAGAUUCAGAGGGAAAAGAGAGCCAACAAGGGUUCAAAAGUAAUCGACCGACUCCGGAAGAAACUGUCGGAGCAGGAGUCUUUGCUGCUACUAACGUCUCCCAGCAUGCCGCUCAGAUUGUUCAACAAGAACGGAAAGAGUUACAGCUUCCUUAUUUCUUCUGACUACGAGCGUUCAGAGUGGAGAGAGAUAAUCAGGGAACAGCAGCAGAAAUGUGUUAAAACGCCCUCACUGACGUCCAUGGAGCUCCAAAUGUUGACCAGUUCCUGUCUCAAACUCCAAACUGUCCACAACAUUCCACUUAGUCUGAAUAAAGAAGAGGAUGAAUCCUCUGGUCUCUACGGGUUUCUGAAUGUAAUCGUCCACUCUGCCUCUGGCCUCAAACAGAGUUUAAAUCUCUACUGCACAUUGGAGGUGGACUCGUUUGGCUUCUUUUUAAAUAAAGCAAAGACGAGAGUCUACCGAUACACCACUGAACCCAAGUGGAACGAGGAGUUUGAGAUCGAGCUGGAGGGCUCUCAGACCCUGAGGUUGCUCUGCUAUGAGAAGAGCUACAACAGGACCAAGCUGAACAAAGAAGACGGAGACAGCACAGACCGCAUCAUUGGGAAAGGACAGAUCCUGCUUGAUGCUCAGACUCUUCAAGGCAAAGACUGGCAAAGAACAGUUAUUCCUAUGAAUGGGGUUGAAGUGAAACUGUCUUUGAAGUUCACCAGCAGAGAGUUCAGCCUGAAGAGGAUGCCCUCAGAGAAACCCAUGGGCGUGUUUGGAGUUAAAAUCUCCACAGUGACCAAACGGGAACGCUCCAAGGUGCCCUACAUUGUCCGUCAGUGCCUAGAAGAGAUAGAGAGGAGAGGCAUGGAGGAGGUGGGAAUAUACAGAGUCUCAGGGGUGGCCACUGAUAUUCAGGCUCUGAAGACCGCCUUUGACACCAAUAACAAAGAUGUGUCUGUGAUGAUGAGUGAGAUGGAUGUUAAUGCCAUCGCUGGAACCCUGAAGCUGUACUUCAGAGAGCUGCCUGAGCCCCUCUUCACAGAUGAGCUCUAUCCUAAUUUUGCAGGUGGCAUCACCCUCACUGAUAGUGUUGCCAAAGAGAGCUGUAUGCUGAACUUGCUGCUGUCACUGCCAGAACCCAACCUAGUCACCUUCCUUUUCCUUUUGGAUCACCUCAAGAGGGUGGCAGAGAAAGAAAGCGUCAACAAGAUGUCUCUGCACAAUCUGGCAACCGUGUUUGGGCCCACUCUGCUAAGGCCGGCAGAGAAGGACAGCAAGAUUCCUUCUAACCCCACUCAACCCAUCAGCAUGGGGGACAGCUGGUCCUUGGAAGUUAUGGCACAAGUCCAGGUUUUGCUGUAUUUCCUGCAGCUGGAAACCAUCCCCACCCCGGACAGUAAACGACAGAGUAUCCUCUUCUCCACUGAGGUGUAGCGCUUACACAGACUGUCUGCUCUGAACUCAUUCUAGCAGAGGUGUAAAAAAGGGGAUGGACACUGGCUCAAAGUGAGCCCACUGUAGUGUGUUUUUAAAUUGACUUGGAAGGAUUGUCUCUACAGAACAGAAGAUGGCACCACUCAUUUCUGAAGCUCAGAGGAUUUGAGUUCAUAAUUACACACAUCAUUAUCCAAUAGUUAGUAUGAUUCCUGGUACCUGUAGUUAUUCACCAGGUGAUCUGCCUUUGUCACAGUUUACUUUUUUCUUGUCUCAUAAAUGAAGACGUGUUAAAAUUCAGUACGUCUUUCUUGACUUUCAUGUUCUUUUACACUGCGGCAUUGUACUCAAGUUUGCAUUUAUUUUUGGACAAUCAUUAAGUCUUGCAAAACACAUUAUUCCAUCUCAAAUGUUUUUACACAUCCAAUCUCUUACAUCAUUCUCGGUGCAUUAUUUCAAGAUAGACGGGACUUUUUUUUUUUUUUUUUAGCCUUUUAGUCACCAUUUUUUUAAAAGGCAAUGAAAGCCAACACCUGAUCGUGCUUACAACAUAAACAACAUAAAUUCAAGUUGAGAGCUAUGACUUGAAAUGUGUUGGGG